AUGGCUGAUAACAAAUCACAUCUUCCACCGGAAAUCGUCGAAAUUAUUCUAUCAAACUUAUCAGUAAAAUCUCUUUACCGAUUCAAAUCAGUUUCCAAGUCAUGGAAUACUAUAAUCACAGAUCCUGUAUUCAUCCAGAAUCAUAUCCAAAAAUCUAAGCAUUCAACCUCGCAUAACCUUUUCCUAACUCGUGCGAUGUCGAGUACUUCUUCUAUCCGAUUUUCCGUGGUUGAAUUCGAUGAUGAAAAAUUCCAAACCCUACCAGUAGUAAUAGAAGCCCCCUUUGGCUGUGGGUUGGUAUUGUGCUUUUGUGAUGGCAUCCUACUGUUAACCAGCCGUUCGUACCAGAGACUUGUGUUGUGGAAUCCAUCCACUCGAACAGCGGAAAAGCUUUGGCAUCGGAAGGGCUGCAGUAAGGCGUCUUUCGGGCUUUGCCGCGAUCCGAACACUGACGAUUUUAAGGUUGUUGUUGCGGAUUGGUACCACUACUCAGUUUAUUCUUGUAAGAAGAAAUCCUGGAUUAUGAUGAAAAAAGAAUACGAAAUUGAAUACACUGGUUUAGGUUUCAAUCCAAGGAACACUUCACCGAAAGGAGUCUGUGUUGACGGGGUUAGCUAUUGGGUUUGGAGUCGCCCGACUGUUACAAAAAUAGUGUAUUAUGAUCCGAGAGAUGACAAGUUCAAGUUUUUGCAUUUGCCGGAAAAUGUAGACGGGUGCAAAAUUAUUCACUUGGUUAAUGUGAGGGGUUCUUUGUGCAUGUAUUGCAAUUUCUACAAGGUAUUUGACUUAGCAUGGCAUUGUCUUCCUCUUGAAAAGCCAAUGGGUAAGCCUGGAAAAGAGACUCUUCCAUAUGGUAUGAGGAUGCUGUGA